AUGGAGACAGCACUAGAGGCGCCCUGUCGACUAAUACCAAGGGGUUUGGAAGAUGGAAGACUACUAGUUGUAGCGCUGCGGCUCAUUCCAUGGGGAGGCUGAUAGUUACGAGCUGAGGAAGUUUCCUGACUCCAGACACCACCCUCAGCCUCAGUUGUGAUCUUAUCUCGCAAAAGGGCAGCGGCAACACUAUUGUACUUUUCACUGAGCGUCCAGUUAGACCGAUAA